GUCAAUGGGGGAAUGGAUUAGCUUUAACAGGCUUUGCUUAUUUAGUAAUAUUUGAUGCCAUGGGAAUAUUCACAAUUUUUAUUUCAACAGUUUUAAUUACUUAUAGAUCGUUAAGAGAACCAACAAUUAAAAAUCCUUUUGGAGUUCAAAGAUAUGAAAUAUUAUUUGGAUUUAUAAAUAUUUUAUAUUUAUUAUUUGUUGCCUUAUAUAUAUUAAAAGAAGGCUUAGAACAUCUAUUACUGGAGACAAGUGAGGAACAUUAUGAUCAUAAUUUUGUAUUUCCAUUAUAUUGGGUUAUAUUAGCACUUGGAGUAACUUUAAUAUCAGCAAUUAAUUAUCGAAAUCACAAAGGAUUUUUGUUGAUAUGUGGAAUAAGUGUAAUUAUAGUUGGAAAACUUAUGGAAAAAAAGUACUAUAAACGAUGGUUGGAUAAAGUUGUAUCAAUAAUAGAAUCAAUGCUUAUGUUUUAUUUAGCUUGUCCUAUUGCAACAUCAUUAGGAAAAAUACUAUUACAAACAACUCCUGAUUCAAUAUCAAUGUAUUUAGAAGAUUAUUUGAGAGAGGCAAAUGAACAAAUUGUGUUAAAACAUGUAUAUCAAAAAUUAAGUCCUUUAUUAGUUAAUCAUAAUAAUGGCGAAAAGGAAGGUCAUAUUCUUGAUGAUGAACUUUUUGGUGUUUGUGAAAUGUUUCAAUCAACAGUAAAAAAAAACAAAGAUGUAAAAGAACAAGGCUUACCUCAAAUUCCUGAAUAUGCAGAAGAUUCUAGCAAUUCAAUAGCUACUAGAUAUGAACGCGGAGAAUUAUUGUGUGAAUCAAUUGAUCAUGUGUAUUCAGAACUUAAAAAACUUAAAUUGAAUAAUAGAGAAGAUUUGAUGAUUCGUAAACCAAAAAGUUUAUAUGAAUCAGCAUAUGGUCCAGGCGAAGGAAAAUAUAAAGGAACGAACGAAAUAGAAUCUACGGUUUAA